CUUAGGCAUUUUGGAAAUGACUCGCUACGCGCAGCUCGUGAUCGGGCCGGCGGGCAGCGGCAAGUCGACGUAUUGCUACCAUUUGCAGCAGCAUUGCAACACGAUCGGGCGGAACCUGGAUGUGAUCAAUCUCGAUCCAGCGGCGGAGGAUUUCAAAUACGCGGUUGCUGCAGAUAUAAGAGAGCUUGUUCCUCUGGAGGAUGUGAUGGAAGAAUUUAACUAUGGACCAAACGGAGGCCUCAUCUAUUGCAUGGAAUAUCUUGAAGAAAAUAUGGACGACUGGCUUGCGGAGAAACUAGAAGACUAUAUCGACGAUGACUACGUUGUCUUCGACUGUCCAGGUCAGAUUGAGCUCUACACACACAUCCCCGUGUUUAAAAGCCUCGUCGAGCAACUUAAGCGCUGGGAUUUUAAUCUGUGCGCUGUCUACCUCCUUGAUUCUCAGUUUGUUUCUGAUGUGACCAAGUAUAUAAGUGGAUGCCUGUCGUCCUUGUCUGCUAUGGUCCAACUCGAGCUUCCUCAUGUGAAUGUCCUCACGAAGAUGGAUCUCGUGGCUAAGAAAAAAGACAUCGAAGACUACCUUGACCCUGAUCCGGUUUUCUUACUGUCGGAGAUGAAUGCAAAUACCGCUCCACGAUACGGAAAGCUCAACGCCGCACUCGCAGAAUUGAUUGACGAUUACAGGAUGGUCAACUUCGUACCUCUGGACGUCACAAGCGAAGACAGUUUGCAGUAUCUUCUCUCCACUAUCGACAAUGCGAUUCAGUAUGGAGAGAACAGUGAAGUCAAGAUAAAGGACUACGAUCCUGAUAUCGGCGAUGGCAUGUCGUUCAACAUGGAUGCUGAUAUCGAGACGGAUAACUUCUAACUUCUAGUAGUAUGUAACAUACUUUCCGGUGCUAAUUCAGUUUCGAAAUGUUGUAUAGCAGUACAUAGGCCGCAGAAUUUCGGGGUUCUGCAUCCAACAGCUGCUUUGCUGCUAGAGCACCAUAUUCCUUGUCAGUGUGGACCUCACAAGCACCAAGUAGGCUCCUCCAGGCUGAAGCAUCAGGUUGAACCGGCAUGGCAGACAUGAAGCUUGCAGCUUGCUUCACCCGGCCGGACUUGGCGAGCAAGUUGACCAUGCAUCCGUAGUGCUCGGGAGUUGGCUCUAGAUGGUGGUCUCCCUGCAUGGAGAGAAAGUAGCUCCAUCCUUCGUCGGCCAGUCCGGCAUGAGAGCAGGCAUGAAGAACAGAAGUGAACGUAACAAUAUUCGGCAGCACGCCGUCCUGAUUCAUCGUCCAGAACAGGUUGCGAGCUCUGUCUUCUUCGCCGUUACGUGCAUAAGCCGCAACAAUUGAAGACCAGGAAACAACGUUUUUACUUGCGACACUCUCGAAAGCAGUUUGAGCAGCCUCCAAGUUUCCACAGCCUCCAUACAGACAUAUAAGAGAGUUUUGUACGACGUCCGAGCAGCAUCCAGUGGCAAGACUGCGAGAGUGGACUUCCCGGCCCGUGGUAAAGUCACCAAAGUUGGCACAGACAGCAAGAACAGUACCGGCCUCGAGAUUUAGAUCCUCCUGUGCGUUGGCUACUAUCAUGGUGUUCCAGGUGAUCACGUUGGUAGUGCGGUUUGUUGCCUCGAUAAACACUCUCGUCGCGUUUUCGAGGCUUCCACACUUGGCAUACAUGUUGAUGAGCGCGUUGACGACGGACGUGUGGGACAGGUGCUCGAACAAGAGUCCAGGAGAGUGAUGAGCGUGACAUCGUUGGGGCGCAUUUGAUUCUCCACCAUCUCCAGGUACAAUGCAAACGCUUUCUCCUCGCAAUGGUUCUGUGCAUACGCUCCGAUCAUUGCAUUCCAGCAAACAAUGUCUUUGUCCAUUAUCCGAUCAAACACCUGCCUUGCGUCGUCUACA